CGAUUCACGGCUAGAUGCGUAUACUUAAUAUUAUAUUUUGUAGUGGUCACUGUUGCAGCAGUAAGUAGAUAAUAUAGUCGUAUAGAAUAAUUGUUGGAUUCGAAUAUUCGUGAGUCGAUUCUCGGUGCACACUACGAGUAAAUUCGGAAAAAGUAAUCGUCGGCAUUCCAAAUAGGUGUUUGAACUGAAAUCUGUUUAAUUUGUAGAUGAUCGUGAAAAUAGAAACUUUAUAAAUGGCUUCAAUCCCUACACUUAUUGUCUACGUCGCUGUGGUACUGGUCGCGUUUUAUAUCAAUGACCGAUACAGUACCAAAAUAAAAUUACUCGAAUCCUAUGAGCAUAAUAUAAAUAUAACAUUUGGGCCACUGAAUCUAGGAAAUGAUUCUUCUUGCAACGCACUUGAUUUUCAACUGAAUUAUAAAAAGCAUGCAGAUCUCGGAAUAUUAUUUUCCAAUUAUGCUGGUUAUAUGUCCAUGGUGAGCUUGUUUAAACUUUGGACAAGCCAACAAAAUGAUAAAAUAUUCUUUGGCACUCUUAAACUCAACGACAAGACUGUAAGUGCUGUUGCAAAAGGGCCAGGACGUAACUUUUUUGAAAUGUUUGAGCAAACAGUCAAUAUUGCCACAGAUAUAAACACAAUUAUAACUUAUGGCCAAUGGAAUUUAUUACCACUAAGUGGUGAUAGCCGCAGCCUUGAAAUAUGUUCAAAAGACAUCAAGUCGUUUCAAAAUUUAUUACUUUAUAAUUUCUUCAACUCAGUUAUUAGUGAUGAUAGCGAUAAUAAAUCUCAUUCGUUAAUUGAAGCAUGGAUCGCUGCACAUGUGAGUGUUGAGCUUUUAGUUCUAAAGGUCUUACAUGGAUAUCGUUAUGUACCAAAUAUUUAUGCUACAUGUGGUCGAGUUUAUUUCGUUGAGGACUGUGGUUACACCUUACAGUAUCACAUGAGCAAUAUGAAUUUGACUAAUAGAUUAUUAGUGGCCAAAGAGUUACUAACGUUGGCAUUGGAGCUUGCAGAUGGUACGGCUCAUCAAAGUUAUUCAUUUUAUCUCACUGAUUUAACAGCUGAUAAUAUAGCUGUACGGUUGGAUAAAACAACUGGGUUAUUACAGUCACUGAAAGUUAUCGACUGGAGUGAUGUUAUAAUUGCUGUCAAUAAUCAUAGUAUGAAGAAAACCGAUGAUAAAAUGAUACAUGCCAGUAAACAUAUUGAUUGUGGAAUCGGUUGUUUAGUUUAUUCAAAAGAAGAAAUUUGUGAAUCAAGAAUCAGUGAUCAUAAUGUAUAUGCUGUUUGCAAAGAAUUCUUAAGCGGCGAUGGUGGUUUGUUACAUGAAAUAACAGAUCUAGAUAAAACAAUCAAGUCACCAGAAAAGGAAGUAAAAAAUCUUGCAUCUUUAUUAAACAGUUGUUUGUGGAACUUCGAUGUUGAAAAGCAAUCUGAAAUGAAUAGAUUAGAUACUGCCAAAUUGAUAAUAAAAUCAAUUCAACUCAUUUAUGACUUUGAAACGUCUGAUAUUACUUAUGCUGAUUAAUAAAUAAAAAUAGAAUUUUGACCAAUCGUA